AUGCUUUCUUUCAGCACUUGCGCCAUCAUCUGCGCGAUCCUCACUGUCUUGACACUGGGGUACGACGAGAACACCUACUAUCCUAGCGUUCUCGGACCAAUCCUCGACCUAUUCUUCGAGCGCGAUCCCCACGAUGAUCUCGUCUCCGGCAGCGGCUACACCCUCUUCAUUGACGACAAUUGGAAGACGAUCUCCAAUUUCGUCAACUUCCUCAUCACGACAUUCUGGAGCAUCAUCCUCCUCAUUUCCCUACCACCGAUCAUCGUUCUCAUCCACAUGUUCCGCGAAGCCACCAAGCGAGUCAACGAGCGGGAUGCCGCAUACCGUUACGCAGAAGAGAACAAUGGAGCGAUGCCGCCGUGGCGCGUGAAGGCGCAACCAAUUCCGCCACCAACUCGCGACACACGAUACAUGUUGCUCGGUGGAGACGGAAGGGUGAUCUGGGUUUGUGGCGUGGGCGGUGGAUUCGAAGAUGUUAUCAACGGGGACAUCGAGGGGGCUAUCGCUCGCCGCUGGCGGCGUAUGGGAAGGAAGCAGUUUGCUUGA